AUGGGACGUGAGGAGCAUGGAAGGACUUGGCAUGGACGCAGCUCAACUGGAUACGCAAAGGAAGAAGGAGAAGCCAUCUUGAAGACCAGCUCGACCAUCUACUCGACCAACCGGUCGAGUUCCUCAACUCGACCGGCCAAGCUUCAACUCGAUCGAGCUGAGAAGUCAACAGUCAAACCCGAAAAAUGUUGCUUCCCCCUUGACUUUCCUUUGACCCUAAACCUAAUCCUCUUUGCGAUUCUCCACAUGGAAGUGAUGGAAAUCGCUGGAAAAGAUCCACUAAGAGCUCCAAUAACUCUUGCUCUCGAAAUGGAGUUAAGGGGUUGGAUGGAUUAG